UCUAGCCACUGCUGAACCGGAUAAGACUAAUAGCCUCCACGUGGAACAGAGGUAACCUGAUGUGUGCGGUCCAGGGUCAGUCUGUUUUGCUUUCUAGUCACCGCCUUAAAGUAAGCAAAGCCUGUCAGUAUAAAUAACCCUCUUCGGCACUAGGAUAUAUUUUAAAAGACCUCGGAUUCUCUGUUUGUCAAGCAUGUAUUCACCUGAGGAGCCUAGGAAGGAUUAUUACCCUAUGAAACUCGAUGAGCGGUGCUCCAACACCAUCCUCUUCAACAUCCUGAACCGUACAGCCAUGACGCACAGCUGUCACUGUGAGAACCGAAGAUUGGUUCGUUUAAGGAACCCAGAUAGUACCUGCCAUGCUGCUGCUGAAGUUCUGCUAAGAACCAUAUGUUUCAUGAAAAGCCUUCCUUCUUUCCACCAACUACCAGAGUUGGAUCAGUGUUUACUCAUGCGGAGCCAAUGGGUUCCACUCUUUAUCCUGGGUCUUGCGCAGGAGCGUAUAACUGUUGAGGUGACCGACUUCCCCACGACGAGCUUCCUUCACAAGAUCUUGUCUCAUGACCAGAAUAAAGACAGAGAGCAAGAAACAGAGGACGUCCCGCUGAACUUGGCAGCUGUAAAUAAUCUCAAAUCCUGCUUGGACAGACUCUGGAGGCUCGACCUGACUGCUGAGGAAUAUGCCUACCUCAAGGGUUCAUUCUUAUUCAGUCCAGACGUCCCUGGGCUGAUUAACUCCAGGCUGAUUGAGGAGCUUCAGAAGGAGGCUCAGUGUCUUCUGCACGGAGUCGUUGAUGAACGUCACCCACGUGACCCCAGGAGAUUCAGGGCUGUCCUGCUGGCGGCCUCCUCGCUCCACACAGUGGGCCAAAACUUUGUGACAGACCUGUUUUUUAGACGUGUGAUCGGUCAGACAGACCUCUUAGAGCUUCUGACUGAGAUGCUUUUCAGCACAGGAUGUUUUUAACCACUGGGUGUUACUCUAAUCUGGAUUCUGACUUGAACUUCCUCCUUUACUUUGUUUAAUCUAAAGAGUCAAGUUACAUUUCCUUUGGCUUUGUUAUACUGUAGCAGUUUACAUUUUUAGACUGAA